AUGAACAUUGCCUCAGCCCACAUUCUCCAGCUCCAGACGCUGACAUCAGCUGACAGCCAGGAGCUGACUGUCAAGAUUCCCCUGGACAUGAAGGUUGAAUUGAAAAUGCCCAUGGUCAAGAACAUGAUGAAGCUCCAGGUGGCCAUGGAGGUCAAAGCCAGCAUAAGAGAAGAGAUGACUGACAGUGGCGAGAAAAGCCUUGUCCUGGGCACCUGCUCUAUCAGUGAAGAGAACCUGCACCUUAGUCCCGAGGACAAUGUCCCGUUUCUAGUUCGUCCUGUGGUCAACAAGGUAAUGAGUCUCCUGACACCGGCUCUGCCCAAGCUGGUGAAAAUACAGCUGUGUCCUGUGAUUGAAGCUGCUGUUCAGGAUCUACGAGGGGGCAUUCAGCAAUCUGAGACAUUCUUUUCACCAAUUGAUAAACCAGAAAGGCCUGUGGAACCCAAGAAACUGGAGGCAGCUUCAUGAUCUCUGACCAGGGUCAAGGAUGCCUUUGUCAUCACACCAGCCUCCUCGUGAACCCUGGACCACCCUCCUCAUUCAGUGAUAUUGGAUGGGGCCACCCAGGGCAGGAAGGAGCCCAGUGG